AUGAAGAGAGCCUACCCGGCAAUCAACUUCGUGCCUCCGCGGCUAACUGGGAAGCCGGCCCCCGGCUCCGGUCAAGAACGCCGGUUUACGCCACCGCUGAUACAAGCGGCGUCCGUCUCCCCUGUUACCGCCAAGCGCAAGCGCCCGACAAGACAAUCUUGGAAGGGCCCGAGAAGACGACUGGAUCCGCCAUCACCAUCAAAGAGGCGGGCGUUGGGCGGGAAGGGACUACUGCUGUUUUACCUCUUUCUUGCCCUCAAGGGCCGAGUAGCAGCGGAGACUCGGAAGCAGGUUCAGAUUCGCCGGACCUUCUUCGGAACUACACGAUGGAGACAAACGAUAAGCUGCAAGAGCCGGCACAAGGCGUUCCCCAAGAUCGAGCCAGCAGUGACAACGCUGGGGGUCCGGUCAUGGGUGUUCUACACGAUGAAGAACCGGGUUGCGAGGGAUCGGAUGGGGGCUCGGAGUCGCCCGACCUACUUCAGAGGCGGAAGGGACACAGGCCAGCAAGCUACCUCAGCGCCACCAGAACCUCCUCCUCAGCAAACGAACCAGUCGUACUCCUGCGGCGUUGAGAUGAAGCCAGAACGACGUGGUGCACAGGAUUCCGCUUCGUCGGCCGCCGAACGACUCGUCCAUCUCGCGACGCCCUCACGGCGUGGAGGUAACAUCUUCUCCAUAAUGGCUGAACGGGAAAGGAGGGAUGCUGCGGAAGGAAGCGCGUUGUUAGAUAAGACAGGGUUGGAGGGUAGCACUGGGACGUUGCCGAAAUAUGAACCGCCUCUGGACAAAGGAUUCGAUCAUGGGGUGGAAGGUAGUGCCGCGAGGGAUGAGGAGAGCGAGACCUCAGCAAUGGCGCCGUCUGGCAUGCUGCCGACCACGGAAUCAACAACUUUGGGGGCAGGGAGUAGACAAGACACAGCGCAAGACGAGGGUUUCUCGGCCAGGUUGCCGAAGUUACCGACAAAAUCGGCGGCAGGGUGGAAUGUGGAUCGAUCAGGGGAUGCCCGCUGCAGCCACGGUUGCCUAGGCCUCCUCAAGGUUGACAAGGUCGGCACCACGGCCGGAAGAAUUCGGUGUUGCGCUGCAGGCAUAACACCGGGAGUAGAUCGAAAGCCUCCCCCCGCGAAAACCAGACCCGCACCAGGGCCAGCCGCAAUGGACUCCAGACUUGCGAUUGGUGCGACCUAUUACGGAACCAAAGCCAAUAUCAUCCAGGCGAGCGUACCAAAAGGCGUCGGACUGGGAUCAAUGAGGAUGCCGAAUCCGUACGAUCUAGCACCAAAAAAGGAAAUGUCUCGUUUGCCAGAAGACGUGCCUAACCCAUACAACGUUGUGGGCAACUCUUCCCGAGCUCCUGCCCCGCCCGGGAGCACGUCGGCUCGGGUACCAAAUCCUUACGAUACUGAUCAGAUAUCUGCCUACCGGGGGGGGGUGCCAGCUGCCGUGCCUAACCCGUACGACACGAAGCCCAGUAGUUCGAGAGUUUCUGUCCCGCCCGUGCGUGGUUCGGCUGGUCUGUCUACUCCACGAGAUGAUGCUGGGACGACUUCAUCGGUUCCUCCCCAGCCGCGUGCACCAGCUAGCGUGCCCAAUCCGUACGAUACCAUGGGCACCUCUUCGCGACUUCCUCCGGCCCCAGUGGGGCGUGCAACAGCUGUUGUACCUAAUCCGUACGACAAAGCGGGCACUGCUUCGAGAGGCCCGGCCGCUACUGUUCCCGCAAAGCAGGACGCGAAACCUUCCCCUACAAUAAACACGUGCUCGAGUGGCGACACUGCGAGAGCACGAAUGGAUUCCGUACGGCGUCACCAGGCGAGUGGAUCCUCUGCGAUGAAUACCCGCCCGAGUGACACUUCGAGAGCACCUACGGACUCCGUACCGCGUCAGCAAAACGCGAGUGGAUCCUCCCCAGGUGGAAGCUGCAAAACCCCACCGGAGGUCAGGUUCGAGGUAGCGUAUCAACAGCUGUAUAAGAGCUCGCGCCCUGGGACGGCGGGGAGGGGUGGGAGAGGCCGCGGGAGGGGGAGGGGAAGGGGGAGGGGGUUCGGCAGAGGCACAAAGCGAGGGUCUACGGCUCCUAGACCUGCCCAGGACGCUCUUGUGGGAGUUUGGCGAAGCAUGCCUGCUAAAAGGAAAGGAGAGAGAGGCACACAGAUCUAUAUGAGUCUGUCUGGGCAGAAGCUGAGCGGGAGGGAGGCUAGCAGGGCUGCAGCAGAGGACCAAAAGAGGGUUAAGGAGGGACUUGGACCUGUGGCAAAGGAUCGAUCGGCGAUAAUGAGGAUAGGGCAGGGCAAAGAGCCCCCGUCUUGCCAAGAGGCACACGGUGGCGAGAAGUAUCUUCACGAGGACGCUCUCAAGCUUGGGACGUACAAGAUACCCGAGCAGCUCGUGGAGUCGUACGCCAAAAGGGGGAUCCGAGGACUGUUUCGGUGGCAAGCGCAUUGUCUUCGUGUCGACGACGGCAAACCUCUUGGGGGCGGGAAUCUUGUAUACAGCGCACCAACGAGUGGGGGUAAGACUCUGGUGGCAGAGCUGCUUCUCCUUCGGGCCCUCCUUAAGCACAGCGGGACAAUGGCAUUACUGGUGGUACCGUACGUGGCCUUGGCGUUGGAAAAGCGCGAUUACUUGAGAGACGUCUGGUCGCCUUUACAGCUGAACAUCCAAGCUUACCAUGGAGGGGAGGGGGGCGACGGUAGCGACAUGGAAGGCGUGAACGUGGCCAUCUGCACCAUGGAGAAGGCUAACUCCAUCGUCAACAGACUCGCCGAGGAGCAGAGACUCGCUCUCAUCUGCCUGAGCGCGACCCUGCCGAACAUCGAAUGCUUGGCCAAGUGGCUAGAUGCCUCGCUGUAUCGAACGGCGUAUCGACCGGUGGAGCUCCGUCAUUUCGUCUGCCAGGGGAGGGCGGUGUACAGGCCAACCCGAAUACGCGGUACCGGGGGGGGGGCGGAGGGGGGAGAUGACGAAGGGACCCUUGAAAAGGCGAGUGGUCCAAACGUGGCUGGAGGGGACAUCAAAAGGGUCGGAGGAACGUCGCCCAGUGCUGACCCCGAUGGGGUGGUGGAUCUUGUCAAGGAUGCGAGCGUCUUAUCGUACUACAUCAAGAGUUCAAACGAAAUGACCAACACGAAGUACGGGUCUGCUUAUUUCGCGUCGCUCGCAAACCUCAAGCGCAGCAAGGUGGUCAAUGGUCGAAAUCUUCAAGAUGCUCUCGCAAGAGAUAUGUCUGUGUUAGUCUUCUGCAGCACCAAGAAGUGGUGCCAACAAACGGCUACCCUGCUCGCGAAGGAGGUUCUGUCCGACCGAAAUCGAGCAGCGGUAAGGGCAGCCACUGUCGCACCAGCGGCGGCGGGAAAGAGAAGCUAUGUCAACGGCGACGGUAGUGGAACUGAUGGCAGGAGCAAGGGGAAAGCCGCCGGUUUAACGGGCUUCGUGCCGGCGAAGUCUAUGGCAUUAGCAGCAACAGCAGCAGCAGGUGCAGCGGUGGAGAGCACGAAGUCGCCGCACCCUAGAGCACGCGAGGGCACGGCUGCGGAGCAGGGCGCCGGGGCAACGGCAACAACAACCGCGCAGGAAGGCAGCAAAGUCACCGAGCGCCUUAGAGGGGCGUCGUCUCCCACCACCGCUGACGACGUCCGAGAGAAGUUGAGGCAGACGCCGGUGGGGCUGGACGCGGACCUAUCGUAUCUGGUGGGCGCGGGCAUCGCAUUUCACCACUCGGGGUUGGUGGUAGAAGAACGAAGCAUCCUCGAGGAGGCCUUCAAGCAGGGAUCCAUCAGAGUUAUCGUUGCGACGUCGACUCUAGCUGCGGGCGUCAACCUUCCUGCACAUCGAGUCAUCAUACGGUCUCCUUCGGUCGGAAUUGGCCUGCUGGAUUCCACGAGGUAUCACCAGAUGGCAGGUCGCUCUGGACGUGCGGGAGUUUUAAGAGGAGAGGAAGGGGGCAAAGCGGUGCAAGGCGUCGAUACGGCUCGCGGGGAGUCGUUCUUAAUCUUACCGAAAAACGUCAAGUUCACGCUGUCGGAUGCCUCCAAGCUGAUUUCAGCACCCCUCCCCAAGCUCGAGUCGGCGUUGAGGGAUGCCAAAGGCGGGGGACUAGAGAGAGCUCUGCUGGAAGUUAUCGUUAGCAAGACUGUCACAAGCAAGGAAGGGGCUAGGAGGUUUAGCUGCAAAACUCUUCUGGCGGCGCAGAUUCCUGAGGACGAAGUGCUCAAGGCGUGCGAUUCGGCCAUGGCAUACCUGCGAAAGCACAACUUCGUCGUCAAACAAGGAGGCGACAGCGUGGAGGGGUGCGCGGACUACGACGUAGCUCCCACGCAGCUUGGAAGGGCAACUUUCUUUUCGGGCCUGUCCCCCUCGGCAGCGGUGGACGUGUUCGAAAGCCUCGACAAAGCGUGCCAGAACUUCGCCGUGGCGAGCGAUCUCCACGCCCUCGUCCUCGUAACGCCUCUGGACGGCAUCGAGCCCAACUGGGGUCGAUUCCGAGAGGAGUACUUGGCGUGCAGCAAUGACGAUCCCGUUCGCGUGGUCGGGGAGUUGAUUGGCGUCGAGCUAGGAGUGCUUGUGGGUGCAGCUGGAAACACUGCACCCAAGUACGGGCAAAGGAAUUUUGAAGUAUCUCGCGGGUCCAACCACCACCGGAUGGUGGACUUGCAGCCCUACCGUAGACUUUACGGUGCCAUGCUUCUCCAGCAGGCAGUAGAGGAAGUGCCUGUCCGCAACAUGGCCGGAAGGUUAGGUAUUGAGAGGGGGGCUCUGCAGGCGUUGCAAAAGGAAGCGUCGGUGUUUUGCGGCAUGGUCGUCUGUUUUUGCCGGCAUCUUCAGUGGCACGAGCUGGCCAACGUCCUCUACAGCUUCCAGGACCGUCUUGGCUACAGCGCAAAGCCCGAGCUCCUUCCCCUUGUCCGCCUCAGCCGCGACCUGCCGCCUUUUCGUGCGAGGGCUCUUCUCAAAGCCGGCUACCCGUCUCCGCUAGAACUUGCCACCGCGGAUGCUGCUCGCGUGGCUGACGUGCUGCUGCGCUGUGCGCCGUUCCGCAGCGCCGGGUGGGACGAGUCUGUGGAGCGGUACCGAGCGAAACAGGCCAGCCGCCUCGCGCAGAACGUCAUUCAUCUAGCGAGGGCCGAAGUUAUGCGCCAAAUUCACCGUCAGCUAGCAAGCACGACCACCCCGCCAUAACGGGGUAUUGGUAGCGCAUACCAAUGAUCGUGUUGUGUUGAAUUUCUUUAUCGUUCAACCGAGAAAACGGGCACUGUUGUUGUUACGUUGAUCCCGCCGUGGCCCCAGGAGUAUCAUCGUGGCGUGUCUUCCGAUGGAGUGACGACAUUCAUUCAUUCGUCCUUGUCAACCUGCAAGGGUGUUUUGAUGGGGAUAUUUAUGCACGUGGUGGUGCUCUCCAAUCCUUCCCCAACAGUUUCCGACGCAACGCUGUGCCGAAGAGGAAACGGUACGCGUUGGACUUUGUUGGGGGAGCUAGUUAUAUCCAUUGUCGCAAGCGCUCACGGUACUGUUGCUUGCGUUUUUGUCCUUUGGGGAGGUGUGUUUGGGUCGCGAAUGCCUAUGCGUAGUCCUAACCUUUUGCCGGCAUUUGGCGUAAGGCCUUCUAUGGGUAGUCGUGUUUGCCAACAGCUGCGAGGUAUGGGUUGCAAUACCAAGCGAAUGCGACAAUAGGGUCUUGGCAAUCAAUUCGUGAUCCGAUUGAAAAGAAUGUGCCAGCCAGGUGUCAAACUCGGGACCAGCACCAAGGCGACUACUCUAAAGUCGUUUGAAAAUUCUGAAUAUUUGUACCAUCAUCGUGGCUACGUUGCACGUCGUGUGCCCACUCUCGUGACAGCAGGGAACCUUGGAGGUUCCAAUAGCAAGACAAACCAUGCAAAUUGUUCUGCAAAGAAAGCAGGUUUCCCUUGCUGUGUACGCACGUUAGCCCGUCAUUAUCAAGCGAAUUUGUCUUGAGUCAAGCAAUGAAUGUGUAUUAUUAUUAGCAUCGACCGCGCUAACCGGCUGACCAAUUAAAAUACGUCAGUUGUUGUUGUUGUUGUCUUCACAUCAAACCGUAUGUCAGUUGCUAAAUGCCAAAAUCUAGCGAAAGACUCUCAGCCCGUGGUCACGAAAGUGCUAGAGCCAUCUGAGGAUCUAAGGAACACGCACACAUGUAACGAGAAAAAGGUAUCCAAGAGCCCGAAGAGGUACACCUAAAUAAAAAUCCCUGCAGCACCGUGUGCGUGCCCAACAACUGAACUGCAGGUCCGUCCCACCGUUCGACUACAGCAGUAGCAUCACCCCCUCCCUGUCCCACUACUCUAUACCAAAACGGAAGAUUGCCGACCACUGCAUACUGCUGUCUGAAGUGCUGUCUG